GUUCAGCGGAUCGCGAUUCCUGCCUUGUAUAUCUACCCGCCACAACUGCCACAGGUAUAGCACGCCACAUCAACCAAACGCGCGUGUCGUUUCGUCUACUCGACAUUUGCAGGCCCCUGAACGCAUCGUUCGCGAAGCGCAUGUUCUGCUGAGGCGCCAUGGGCAACACCCUCAUCGUCGACUCGAUCCUGACGCCGUUCAGCUGGUACAGCCUGCUGCCCAUCAUCGGCUUCGCGGCCUUCCUGUUCAUGGUGGCCGCGUACCAGAGGACCGAGUUCUACUGGAUCACCGACAAGGCCAGUGACGUGAUGCACGACCUCGCCUCGCGCUUCCGCAAGAAGCCGAGACGUGUCCGGGAGUCUCACGUGCCGUGGUUCAUCACGGGCAACUCUUCUCCGGCCACCUACGGCAUCGGAAUGACCACUUUCCCGAACAAUCCGGGUUCUGCGGGGUACGACCCAGAGGCCUUCGUCGCUGCGUCUUCGAGCGGUGGGUCCACGGUGCUGUUGAACAGUGCUGGCACAGGUCAGAUGGACACCCCUUCUCAAGUCGGGCCGAUGAGCGCGCAUGGUGCCGGUAGUCACGUGCACGGCGUUCCCGCCGUGCCUGUGCUCAUCAAGGUCACCGACCUGAGCGACUGGAGCGCGUCCAUAUGAAACCGUGUGCUUGCGGCACGUCAUUUAUACGCAAGAGCUUCGUAUUCUUUUUUAACCUGAAGCCGCUUGUUCCUGUCUUCAAGGUCCUCAACCCGAGCGAGUGAGCUAAAAGCAGUCUGCCUUGAUUUUUGUCUUUCUGUCAUGAGGCUUAGUUUUGUGCUGUUCUCUUGCAAGGUAGUUUUGCACUAACAGUGGUAAGACAUUGUUGAACUGUGUCUCGCGACGUGUAGGUUUCGUAAAUUGCACUGCGUUUGUGCAGAUGGACCUGUUCGUAAUUCAGAAUCACCUGUUCGUGUUUUUUCUUCUUAUAUCGUUUAACACUGUCGCAGCGUGUUCUAGAAGAGCGCCUGAGCGAACGCUUGCACAUGGCUUCGUUUCGAUUGAGAUGUGGGGUGCUCUCAGGGGCCAGCAGAACGAACUUUUGCUUGCACUGCGCAACUUUUGGCCGAGUGGUUGGCCCAUAAUCGCGUACAUGUGUUUAUCAGUAUUUAAUCAGAAACCCUGACGGACACGCUUCCUACAUUGCGGCAUCUUGUUGCUCUGACACUCGUUUGAUUGUGGCUGCGGGUGUACGCAAUUGAAGCUGACGAUCCAGCAGACAAACGUGCAUUAACGGUUGAUGCCAUUAAGUCAUUUAUUGAUGACCCAAUUGUUUUCGUUUAUUUUAUUCCAUCCUAUGGCGCAUUAACGCAUUUUAUGACAUUUUAGCUCGCGACUGGGAGCUAUCAACUUUCAUGAGGAUGAUACGAUGAGCGCAUUGUGGCGUUGUCUGAAUAAAACGUUGCAAUAUUUUUUUUA